GUAACUUGACACAGUUGCUAUGAGACAAAUGAAGUUCGUACUCCUCAGCUGGCUAUGGCGGAUGUUGUUGAAAAUGACAGCAUGAAGAAUUAUCAUAUAGCGUCAGAAAAAGUCACCCCGGAGAUCAGCCGCUUUCCCUACUGCAUUGUGUGGACGCCCAUCCCCGUGCUAUCAUGGCUGUUUCCUUUCAUUGGUCACAUGGGAAUCUGCACUUCCACCGGAGUCAUCCGGGACUUUGCCGGACCGUACUUCGUCUCAGAAGACAACAUGGCUUUUGGGAGACCUACAAAGUACUGGAUGCUUGACGUGAGUAAAGUCUACGCCAGUGGCUCCAACGCUUGGGACAUGGCCGUGCACGACGCCUCAGAGGAGUACAAGCACAGGAUGCACAACCUGUGCUGUGACAACUGUCACUCCCAUGUGGCCAUGGCUCUGAAUCUGAUGCGAUACGAGAACAGCACCUCAUGGAACAUGGUGAACCUCUGCCUACUCUCAUUCAUCCACGGAAAAUAUGUCGGCUGCGCCGGCGUUCUGAAGACCUGGCUGCCGUUCUUGUUGCUCAUGGGCAUUGUCCUCACAGUGGUUCUCGCCUUCAACAUCCGAUGACCGGCGUGGGGCCAGGCGAGGCGGCGGACACGGCGUGCGACAUCCACACGAUCCGCCCCACCCUCCUUACUGUGGCGCCACGACCAAACACAAACCACCUUUUGAAGAACGCCACCGCCGCGUCGAGCAACAGUAACCGAGGACCUAAAGCCUGCCUACCUCCGGGAGAGGACUUCCACACAGGAAACGUGUCUAUUUUAAUUUUUUUUUCUCACUGCAGUGCCGGAGCUGUUUUACCUCAAUGAUUCAUAUCCAUUCACACAUAUGCAUUUUUAUGAAUUCCAGCUAUUCUACAUUCGAUAAUAACAGCUUCACAGUAAUUGUAAAGACGUUCUGGCCUACUAGAGUUCAUGCCUUGCUUUCAGACUGGUGGGGGGUGUUUACCUGAUAUCUUGAGUGCUUCCAGAAAGCCGUUUUUAUAUAUGGAGCACAAACGUCAUUAGCUGCCUUAUCGCGACUUUCUAGCAUUUCAUACUUGAUCUAAUGUAGCUCUUCCACAGCAACGUGAGCCUAUUUUCCUAUCUGUACACGACACACCAAGCAGUCGGCAUCUUCUGAGAGAGAUAUUUUCUUAAAAGAUUCCUUGAACACGUCUAACCUUGCAACCGUGGUGAAUGUGGCUGUGAUAGAUAUCUCUAGGGUGACCCCCCCACAAUCCCACUCAGAUGUUUUCUUUCUGCUCAUUACUGAUUUUUCACACAGAAAUCAGAGUCAGUGCCUGAUUCAUGAUCUCUUCGACGUUGUGGCAUUUUCAGCGUUCUUUUUUUUUUUUUUCCUUUCUAUUAAAUGUUCGGUCCUCAUGGCGGUUGGCACUACAAAUGCGUUGCCAUGGCUGUCGGACUAGAGGGGGCAGACUCCAAUCCUGUCAUUGUUUGCAAACAGAGACAAAGGAGCAUGGAGCUCUCUCUCUCUUUCUCUGUCUGUCUCUCUCUCUCUUCCAGCAGCAGCAGGUAGCCAGGAUUCUCAGGUUUUUCAUGCUCGCCAACCAUCGCUCAGUGUUUCAGCGAGCUCCGCCGCUUCCUGCUGCUUUCCCGGCUCAGCGGUUCAGGGCUGAAAGUCGCUGGGAAAUAUCCGCACCGCCUUUUUAAAGUUUAAAUUCAACCCGACCAACAUCCUGUAAAGGUCGUCGGCAGACGUUGAGAGAGUACCUGUUUCUAAACAUUAUCUGGCUCAUAGGGCCUCGAUUCAUAUGACGGAGUACCGGUAUUAGGGCCAGAAUUUUUUUUUCAUAACAAUUUGAUAAUGAAGUCAUAUUAGUAGAACAAUUUUGAUUUUGGUUUCUUUGAAACAGACUCAGUUUACACAAUUGUUUCAAAGUCCUGCUCCUGAUGAGAUUUUAAUGCUGAUGUGUUCAGAAAUUAAAUUCUUUGUAUAUCCGAAUUCAAAGCAUAACUUCACAAGAUGCCCAAUGUUGCUCAUUUUUAUUUUUUCCCUUUAGGAGUUAUCAUAAAAUUACUACUUCAUUCUACUAAUAUAACUUUAUUCAGAUAUUAUGAGUUUAUUCUCAUAUUGUUUUGACUCUGUCAUACAAGAUUUGUCUUAUUACAACGUCAUGCUCACAUUCUGCCUUUUUGCCAUUUUUUUAUCCCCAUAUCACUCUGGUUUGAUUGUCAUGACUUUUUUUCUCGUAUCGUUACGACUUUUGUAUUACAACUUCCUUCUCAGAAAAUUUUGACGUUAUUCUCACUUUAUUCUGGUAAUAUUGCAAAUCAAUUUUUGUGCUAUUCCGACUUUUUUUCACAUUGCAACCAUAUUCUUGUAAUGUUCUGAAUUUGUGUUAUUGCAACUUUAUUCUUGCAUUACUCCGACUUGCUGCCGUACGUCUUUAUUCCUGCAAUAUUGUGACUUUUUCUCAUAAUUAGCUUUUUUUUCCUGUGCCUGGCCCUAACACUCUGUCCUACAUUCAUGCGUACAAUUCGCCUCUCUUCCCUGUAAAUAUUUGACUCCCCAUUUUCGUGGGCAUUUUGUAAAAACAUGACCUUGACUUUUUAAAUCUCAGUCAUUUACACUAAAAUCGUACUUUGUAUUCCAUGUUUGCGUUUAACGUCUGCUGAGGGUUGCAGCAGAACCGUGCCUAAAACAGACCGUGUGCUACUUUUGACAUAUUCUUUCAGGAAGAGCAUGCAUGGCUGCAUGUGUGUGUCACAUGCAUGCAGGAAAAAGGUUUGAAACUGAAAGUCGUCUUUCAUAAUCGUCUCUGUCUCUUCAACCUUGUGAAAAGUAUUCACACCUCUUGAACCUUUCCACAAUCCAAGCAGGAUCUUCAGGAUCCAUUGUAUGCAAUAGACAACACUAGAGAGUAGGAACACGGUGAUGGCAGCAUAGUGCUGCAGCGAGUCUCAUCAUUUGGUCUAAAGUCUGCAACAUUUAUAAACCAAACAACUGUUUUUGUCCCCAGCCCAACUAAAUGAAACUCGUUUAUUGCCACGAAUGUUACAAAAUUAAUUAUUUAAAAAAAAAAGUUUACCACACAAUGGUGAGGAAAAAUAAUUAAAUAUUACUGAUACUUUACUCAUUCUGUCUGCAAAAGCCCCUAAAGUGCUCUAUUUGCAUUUGUUAUAUGUAUAUUUUUAAAAAGUGUUUUUUGUUUGUUUCUUUUCACUUUUUUUUUUAGCCAAAUUGUUGAGUGAAUUUGCAGAAGGUUCAAAAAGCCACAGGUUGCAAACCUCCUGCUCUAUCGAAUAACAUCCUAUUAAACUGUUAAGAUUUUAAUGUGGAAAAAAUGUGGGAAACGUUCGAGGUGUGCAAAUACUUGUGCAGAGAUUUUUAAUUUAGUGCUGUAUAUUUCUCAUAGUUUCUCAUAGCAUGGAAUAGCUAAUUAUCUUUAAUCAGAGUUGAUGACAAAUUUGAGUUAAUCAUCCCCACUGAAGUCGAGACAGCAGUAAUGUUUCAUCCUCUGCAGCUGCAGACCGUCUCCAUUAGUGCUGCUUAGAUCAAAGCGGCAAAACAGAGAAAAAGACACGCUGUUGUAGAGUCCAGGUAGUCAAUUUCAGGAUAAAAAAAAAACAAAAAUGUGUUUGCCACUCUUGCAUUUAUUAUGUUGCGUUAAGGCUGGCCAAUAAGUUGAUUUUUAUUGAUUUGAUUGAAUUUUCUGGUUUUGAAAAUGUAAUUUAUGGAAAAUCCUUUUUUCACCUCAGGUUUCCAUAGUUGAUGUUUUUUGACAAACAUGUUUUACAACUUCUGUUUAUUUCAACUUUGAAUUAAAUAUUAAGGGUUUUUUUUUCUGCUUUUGUUUUUUUAGAUAUUUUCAGGAUAUCUUCUGUCAUUUAUAUGUAUGUGGCAAAAAAACCCCAAAACAACCAAAAACAAAGGGGAAAAAAUUUAAAUCAGAAAUCAAGUUUUGGAUAAAAAGAUAAAGUCAUGGUUUAUUUUUAAAUCACAUCGCCCAGCCCUAUGUUGAUUACAAGAUCAUUUGGAAACCAGUUAAGAAUCUUUCCAAAUAUUUUCUGGACACUCUUAAGUUCUGAGACAUCUUGCUUUCAGGAUCAGGUAGUUUUGGGAAACAUUAUUGAAAGAAAUGUCACUUUUUAAAAUAUCCAACACUUUCAUUUACGCUUAAGCCAAAAUAUGGUUUCUUGUUUCUAUCAGCUGGAUCAGAAAAGAUUCUCAUUCGUUGCUAUUAGAGAAAAUAAAUAUCCAGCUCUUUUGAGAUCGCCUUAUAACUGUCUGUCAUAUAGGAGCUUACUUGUGCA